GGGAAAAAAGAAAAAAGGAGCAUUCCAGUAGUGGCCCGUGCGGGGAAUAGCGCCCCGAGGUGCUCCUCUUCCAGCUCCUCGGCGUGCCCGUAGGGUGGUACGGCCCGUGCCCCCCGAGGAGCCCCGUGUAAGCCUGGCCAGCAGCGUGCGAUGCCUCUCUUUGGGAACUCCUUCAGCCCGAAGAAGACCCCCCCCCGGAAAUGGGCCUCGCUGUCCAACCUGCACCUGGAUAGAUCCACUCGUGAGAUUGAGCUGGGCCUGGAAUACGGCACCCCCACAAUGAACCUUGCUGGCCAGAGCCUGAAGUUUGAAAAUGGCCAGUGGGUGUCAGAAUCAGGAAGCUUCCUGGGGGAUCGCAGGGAAUUGCAGCGCUUGCGCAAACGAAACCAGCAGCUAGAGGAAGAAAACAACCUACUUCGGCUGAAAGUGGAUAUUCUGCUGGACAUGCUCUCUGAAACCACUGCCGAGUCCCACCUGAUGGAGAAGGAGCUGGAGGAGCUGAAGCAGCAUAGCCGGAAAAAGAAGUGAACAAGAGGUGGCCAGGCUGGUUCUGGGUCUUGGCCCACGGGAUGCUGGGGCUGGCUUGUGGCUCCCAGCCAUGUUGGUACUGUGUGGAGGUACUUUGUUUCACGGGACCACGAGUGCCAAGAUGCCUCCAGCGUCGUGUGGUGCCACGGGUACUGCUAAUGGCUGGUUUGGCACCACAGCACUGUUAAUUAACACGAUUUUCCUCAGAGCACUUUACCUUAAUAUGUUUCCUCACUGCAGCCCAGCAUAGGUACCCUAUUCUUUAAAGCAGCUGGACAACGGGCGGUGGAGAAGAUCUGUCUCCAUGAGGGCUCCUCCUGCCUUCUCUGCUUACAAAAGCGGGGGGACCUCUGCCCGCUCCCCCUAGGGAGCCUGGGGGUGCUUGUACAAGCCUCACCGUCUGCCUUGGGCGAGCAGGAUGCUCGAGUUUCUCGUUCUCGAGAGUUUUGCGUAUUUCACAUAAAACCUUGCAAUUAAAA